UUGCAAACAGUCCUGGUUGAGUAUCACCUAGGAGGUUUCAUAGCACUCAAUAGCUCUCCGGUCAAGUGUUCUUAGGAAGCACCAAUUAAACUUCAAAAAUGAAAUCUUUCAUCGUUGGAUCCGUUCUGUUGCUGGCCACCGCCGCUUCCGCUGCACCUUCCUACUGGCACUACGUCCCAGCCGAUACGCCUGAAGUGGCGCACGCCAAGGCCCAACAUCUGGCCGCUCACCAGGCCGCCCGUGGACUGGCCGGUGCCGGACCGAUUGACACACCCGAAGUUCAGCACGCCAAGGCCCAGCACUUUGCUGCCCAUGCCGCUGCCCGUGCCGGCCAUGCGAUCCCAGCGCCCGUUCCAGCCUGGCACGGAGCCCCGGCUGCCCCAGCCUGGCAUGGAGCCGGAGCCUGGCACGGACCCCAGCACAUCCCGGUGAUCCACAAUGGAGUUCCAGUUGAAACCCCGGAAGUCCAGCACGCCAAGGCUGCCCAUCUGGCUGCUCUGCACGCUGCCGGUUCCGGAGGUCACUGGGUCGGUGGACACGAAGACGACGGCUCCUACAAGCCCCAGUGGGAUGCCCACAACUACUAAGUAGUUGCUGUAGUCUGCCAACAACAAACUCCUUUCCCUGGAUGCCAAACAACACCCCCCUAGAUUGAGCCCUUAACAACUUUAACCCCAACCUCAGCCCCGUUAUUCAAGGUAUAGCUAGGCCUUAGGAAACCCUAUUUUUACGCUGAUAAAAGCAAGAAGUGUGUCGAAUACUCAGAGCCACUGCCGUUCCUCCUCUUGUCUUUUGUAAAAAAUAUUUCAAACGCUAGAGCUUCGGUAGUCGCAAGUAUUAUAGUAGUCAACUGGUCCGCGCAUAGUGCGGAACGUGAUCCCAAAACGAUCGAGAAAGAGAGAGAGAAAAAAAAGCGAAAUGACAAUCCUAUUGAGUGCGAAGAGCUGUCGCAAGUUAGGAAGAGUUUUCCCGAUCGGCGAAAUUUUGCUCCCUCGCGGCGGCUAGGAAGCCGACCGCCACAGUAGACCAUCAACCCUGCUGCGUGAGUGGACGCACGAUUUCCAUCCAUCCAUCCAUCCAUCCAUCCGUCCAUCGAUCCUUUCAUCCAACGACGACAGGAGUCGACCGGGAUUAGCUUCCACAUCUUAGGUUACAGAAACAGAGAUGGUAGGACGAAUUGAAUCAACAACGAUUUGAUCGAACAAAACGGGAAAAGAAGGAAAAAUCUCUCACUCGAAUUGUAAUUUCUGUGUACUUGAUAUUUUUACCCUCAUUAAAGAGAUACGUUAUUGCAA